UGCAAUCUAAUUUUCAAAGUUGAAAGUUGAAAUGAUCAAAUCUGCACUCUGCAGCGCGUCAUCCCUUUAAUUAGGGUCAUGAAAAGAGGUGAUAAAAAGCAAGGGCAAGAGCGUUUGUUUGCCUGUGACACAUUAAUAAUGGGAGGUGAAAGUGAAACCAGUCACCAACCAUGAGGUCUACAUUAAUCCACAAGGCUCCUCUCUUCUCUUUCCUAAGUCAAACCACAUGGACCAUCAAAAAUAUAUAUAUGACAACCCACAGCCCUCACCUCAAAAAUUUUCACCUGUUAUUAUAUAUAAAAUAUCUAUUUCCAUGGUGGUACCCCCAUGCUACCUUCUGCUCUUCUAAUGACAUAACCCCACCUUCAUUUUCUACCAUUGUCUUAUUAUACCCUCUCUGAUCUCUCUCUCUCUCUCUCUCUCCAAUCAGGAGGACGACCCAUUGGGAAAUUUCACUAGGGUUUUGUCCUUGCAUGAAUUGAGUGUCACUUUAGGGUUUUCGAUUAAAGUUAUCCAUUUAUAAAAGCAAUGGAUAAAGAAGACAACUACUCGGUAACCUUUACUGGUCUAGAUUACUCUCUGAACCACCAUCAUCACCAUCAACAACAAGAUCACGAACUCAUUAAGUCUCGAAUUGGUGAAGGUUCUGGCGAUAGCAGCAACGGAAUGAUCGAUUAUAUGCUCAAUAAUCCUCAUCCUCAUCAGCAACAGCUAUCAUAUGAGUUUUGCAUUUCAACUUCCCUUGAUAAAUUGAGCUUCGCAGAUGUUAUGCAAUUUUCAGAUUUUGGGCCUAAGUUGGCCUUAAAUCAAACUAAGAUAUCUGAGGUAGAAACUGGUAUUGAUCCAGUUUACUUCCUGAAGUUUCCUGUAUUGAACGAUAAGAGGGAGGGACAGUCUCUAAUGGUUCCUCAACUAGGUGGAGAAAAUGAAGAGAGAUUUAAAGGAGGGAGUAGUGUGGAAAAUAAAGCAGGAUUUGUGAGAGAAGAUAGGGUUGUUAGAGAGGAAGUAGAAGCUAGGACUUCGGAUAAUACUUCGGUGCAACUCCAGUUACUUGGAGAUCAAGAUCUUCAAAACAAGAACCCUAUACCGGAGGCGAAGAACAAGCGGAAAAGGCCAAGGACUAUCAAGACAAGUGAGGAAGUGGAAAGCCAAAGAAUGGCUCAUAUUGCAGUGGAAAGAAAUCGAAGGAAGCAAAUGAAUGAGCAUCUUCGAGUUUUGAGGUCUCUCAUGCCAGGAUCUUGUGUGCAAAGGGGAGAUCAUGCUUCUAUUAUUGGUGGAGCCAUUGAGUUCGUUAGGGAAUUGGAGCAACUCCUUCAAUGCCUAGAAUCUCAAAAGAGGCGAAGACUCUAUGGCGAAGCUUCAAGACAGAUGGGAGAUUCCUCUCUUGCAAUCCAGCAACCUCAACCUCCAUUGUUUCCCCCUUUGCCUCUUCCAGAUGAUCAUAUGAAACUUGUAGACUUCGAAACUGAACUCCGCGAGGAAACUGCUGAGAACAAGUCCUGCCUGGCUGAUGUUGAGGUGAAGCUUUUAGGGUUUGAUGCUAUGAUCAAGAUCCUAUCUAGGAGAAGGCCAGGUCAGCUCAUUAACACCAUCGCGGCUCUAGAAGAAUUGGAGCUUAACAUCCUCCACAUCAACAUUACCACCAUUGAACAAACUGUUCUCUAUUCAUUCAAUGUCAAGAUUGAAAGUGAAUCCAGGUUCACAGCAGAAGAUAUAGCAAGCUCGGUACAACAGAUAUUCAAUUUUAUUCAUGCAAACAGCAGCAUGUGAUAUAAUAUAAGACCCAAAAACAAAGGCUGAUCUGUUAUAUGUAUUUCCACAUAUAGAGAGAUCCCUCUAUGGAUCCUUUCAGUACUUUUUUUCCCCUUAUAUAUGGAAUCGAUUAUUUAAAACUGACACUCACUUCAAUUGUUUAUGAAUAA